AUGGUCAUGAGCUUACAGGUGGUCGAUAAUGUUGAAGAAGCGAUUGGACAUAUAAUUCGUUAUGGAUCUGGACACACGGACACCAUCGUCACCACUAAUGACCACACAGCUGAACACUUUAUCAAGAAAGUAGACAGCGCAUGUACUUUCCACAAUGCAUCAACUCGGUUUGCAGAUGGAUAUCGAUUCGGACUCGGUGCCGAAGUUGGUAUUUCUACUGGGCGAAUACAUGCCAGAGGGCCAGUUGGAGUUGAAGGACUCCUCACAACAAAAUGGGUGCUACGCGGAGACGGCCACACUGUACACGACUUCAAGCCGAAUGGUCGCUACCACUAUGUCCACGAAGACAUGAACCCAUCGGAGGUUUACAGAGCUGUGGAUCUGAUCCAGAAAGCCGCAUGA